AUGGUUCUAACCUUGAGCCAUGCCAACGACGUCUACCGGCGCUAUGAUAUCGACCGGCAGCACAAACUUCCACUGGGAGCAUUCGCAAAAGAUGGGAUUAAAGGCUACGAAGAGAUCGAAACCACUUCGGAAUACUGGCAGCAGCAAGCCCUGAACACGCUACAGGCAAAACUGGCCGAGAAACCGGUAGUAGCGCAAGCCAAGAAUGUAAUUUUCUUCCUCGGAGAUGGAAUGUCCCCGCAAACGGUGGCUGCCACCCGGAUGUACCUUGGCAACGAAAACAAAGUGCUAUCAUUCGAAGAGUUUCCGUAUCUUGGUACGGCCAGGCCGUAUUGCGUGAAUAAACAAGUUGCGGACUCGGCUUGCACGGCUUCGGCUUACCUUUCCGGAGUGAAAACCAAUUACGGAAUGAUCAACGUUGCACCGUACGUUCCGCGUUCCAACUGCGAUUAUAAUAGGACCGAGGCAGAGUUUAAAGGAUUGUUGCAGUGGGCCCAGGAGAGUGGCAAAGCCACCGGAGUGGUGACCAAUACUCCUAUAACCGAUGCUAGUCCGGCGGGUGCCUAUGCUAGUAUAGCGACGCGGGAUUGGGAGAAUAAUGAAAAUGUCUUGAGUGAUGGAUGUGAUCCCAAUGAAUAUCCGGAUAUUGCGCAUCAGUUGAUUCACGGUGAGGUGGGGAAGAACUUAAAUGUUAUUUUUGGUGGCGGUCGACAGCAUUUUCGAUCAACGACGGCGGUUGAUGAAAACGGAAACAGUGGUGCUCGAACGGAUGGGAGAAAUCUGAUUGCGGAGUGGCUUGAGCUUCAUCCCAAUCGGGCGCAGUACGUGUACAAUAAAGUGGGAUUACAAGCGGUUGAUGUCAACAACACCGAUCACUUGCUGGGACUGUUUCAAACCGACUACCUUUGGUACAAUCUUGAAAUUGAAGCUUUGAACCUACACGAAACGGAACCAAAGUUGUGGGAGUUGGUGGAAGUGGCAAUCAAUAUGUUGCGGAAAAGUGAAACCGGUUACGUGUUGUUCGUCGAGGGCGGUCGAAUUGAUAAUGCUCAUCACGGAACGAGAGCACGCCUGGCGCUGGACGAAACGGCACAGUUUUCGGAGGCGAUCGCCUUUGCACGUAAGGCCACGAGCAUCGAAGAUACGCUAAUAGUGGUUACAGCGGAUCAUAGCCACACGAUGACCUACAAUGGAUACACGCACCGUGGCAGCGACAUUCUGGGCAUCGCGGACAUCAGCGACGAGGACGGGCUUCCGUACACUACGCUGAGCUACGCCAACGGAGGUGGUUACUACGACACCUACACCGCGGAAAACCGUGCCGUACGGGCGGACAUUAGCGCGCUGGACUGGACACACCGGGACGCGCGCUAUCUGGCCACUUGGCCGAUGGAUUUAGAGACGCACGGCGGUGAGGACGUCACAGUGUAUGCCAGCGGCCCCCAGGCACACAUGUUCCAGGGUAACUUCGAGCAGCACGUUAUUCCGCAUCUGAUUUCCUACGCUGCCAAAAUCGGGCACUACCGGGAGGAGGAACCGAUGACGACGAGUGAUCCGGGUGACAGUGGGAGUUGCUCGCCGGGUUGUACUCGGCUAACCGUCGUUUGUUUGUUUAUCGCUCUGUUUAGUAUUUUAAGGAGAUAG